CAUCUUCCUCCUUUUCCUCCCGACUCCUCCCUCACUUCUCCACUCAGCCUCCCUCACUUCUCUUCAUCAGACAAGUGUCUCCUCUCGACUCACUCGUCUCCCCCGUUAUCACUGAACGGCCAAAAGAGAGAGGAGCAGCUCUUCACCUCAGUUCAGGAUGCCUUUCGGAGGAGGAAACAAGUGCGGCUGCUGCCAGAAAACCGUCUACUUCGCUGAGGAAGUGCAGUGCGAGGGGAAGAGCUGGCAUAAAUCCUGUUUUCUGUGCAUGGUCUGCAAGAAGAACUUAGACAGCACAACAGUGGCUGUUCAUGUGGAUGAGAUCUACUGUAAAUCGUGUUAUGGCAAGAAAUACGGGCCAAAAGGCUACGGCUUCGGAGGAGGAGCCGGCACUCUGAGUAUGGACACGGGAGAGGGCCUUGGAAUCAAGCCUGAAAUACAAGCUCCUCAUCGCCCCACAAACAACCCCAACGCCUCCAAGUUUGCCCAGCAAGCAGGGGGCUCCGAUGUGUGUCCGCGAUGUGGCAGAACAGUAUACGCAGCGGAGAAGGUUAUCGGAGGAGGCAACUCCUGGCAUAAGGGAUGCUUUCGUUGUGCCAAAUGUGGCAAAGGACUUGAGUCCACGACCGUCGCUGAUCGAGACGGGGAGAUCUACUGUAAAGGUUGCUACGCGAAGAACUUUGGUCCCAAGGGGUUUGGCUUUGGUCAGGGUGCGGGAGCUCUGGCUCACUCCCAGUAAAGCCCGAAGCCUCGGCCCACGUGAGACCGAUAUCUGGUGCGCUCCGAUAACAUCAGAGCACAACUUCCAGGAUCCUUCAGUCACUAUCUUAUUUCACUCUGCUCUCUCACUUCAGCUACAGGCGACGAGGAACGACAGAAACACACAGCUUUUUUGUUGUUUUUUGUUUUUUGAAUGUGUUGCAUUAGAAUCUAGUGUAUAAUCUUCUAGGUUCAAAAAGAUUUCAUGCUAAACAUUUAAAACAUACCGAAAGCUAACUCUGUUUGGAUGUGCAUAUUGUGUAUCUUUAAACCGAGCAGUUCACAGCGAGCAUUUUAGAGGAAAAGGGUAAAGAAUAAAACACUAACAUUGCAAUAACAGAACUGAGCAAGUGCUGAAAGAGUCCGUGUCGGUGAGUGGGAACAAAAUAAGAUCAACAUGUUUCAAGACUGACAGCUAUGAAGCCCUCCUUACAUCCUUACAUGCCAAAUGUUGUAAAUACCGUCUUAAAAUAUGCAUUAUCGCUGAGACACACAAUAAAUAUCACAAUAACAAAAAA